GCCUAGAUAGCAUCAGGCCUGCUCCCACGUGACACAGCGUCACACGAGGAAGGCCUGCUGUGUGUGCUGCUAUGACGCCGAUGAAAGACGAAACGAGAAGAAUGCUUGAAGCGUCUUGCAAUGCCAGGCAGGCCUCCGUGGGGUGACGUAAGCGCGCAGGUCUGAUGCUAUUUAGGAAGUGUUGGUCGACAGCGACGAAGAAGGAUUGUCUGUUAUGUCCGCGCCGUAUUGUGCACCUUUGUGCCUGUGUGCUACUGUGUUUGCCUCACCUAUCACGCAUAUGUGUAUGUGUUGAUCCCCGUCCAGUUGAUUCCCAUCCCGCUCAUACACUACCCCACGUGUAGUGACGUAUAAGGGUAAGAUGGCGGAAUACAUGCAGUGGCCGUCUGACGACCACCUGGAGAGCCUGUUCGUGGGUACCCUGGUGAAAGCGCUACGGAAUGCCACAACUGGGGAUAGUGGUGCCUUGGACGACCAAAGACCCAUGUGGGAAGACGCGCUCUUGGGAAACAUCUCUUACGCAGAGCUGGAGUGCUACCUUUCUGCUGCAAACGACACUGACGAGGAUACGAUUGCCGAGUCUUCGUACUGCGCCCGAACCUGGGACGGCUUAUCCUGUUGGCCUGUGACACCUAGCGGCUCAGUUGCUGUUCUUCCCUGCAUUCCGUUCCUCAAUAACCUCUUCUACGACACCUCCAAUAAUGCCACGAGGCCAUGUUUCGAGAACGGUACCUGGGCUGAAAGGUCCGACUACUCCAGCUGUAGACCGCUGUUCGAAGUCGAUAAGAAGGUGGACGAAAUGACGAUAUACUUCAUCGGAUACGGAGUUUCCCUCUUUGCGUUGACCAUUGCUAUAUGGAUAUUUCUAUACUUCAAGGACUUGCGCUGCCUACGAAACAUGAUUCAUGUCAACCUCAUGAUCACUUACUUCCUGAUAUCGAUUACGUGGAUGACAACGUCGGCGUUGCAAUCGGUUCCUUCGCCAGCAUAUCGAGAGACAGCCUGCUCCCUCUACAUUCUCCUCACAUAUCUGAUGGGAACAAAUUUCUUCUGGAUGUUUGUCGAGGGCCUCUACCUGUACAUUCUUGUUGUCAAGACGUUCUCCGUUGAACUUGUUCGCUUUCAAGUCUACGCACUCAUCGGAUGGGGUGCUCCAGCGGUGCUAGUUAUUGUAUGGGCUGUUGUAAAGUCCUACUAUAGUCCUUCUCAUAAUGAUGUCAGAUUAUUUGAUGGCAUGUGCGUGUGGCAACUGAAGGACAUCUACGACUGCAUCUUCAUUUGUCCUGUCGUGAUUGUCCUACUCGUGAAUAUGUUCUUCAUGGGCGAAAUUAUGUGGGUGCUGAUCACGAAGCUCAGAGCUGCCACAACCUUGGAGACACAGCAGUACAGGAAAGCAGCGAAGGCUCUACUAGUACUUAUUCCACUGCUGGGCGUCACGUACAUACUCGUCAUAUGGACUCCGUCCCAUCGCACCGCGAAGGUUAUCUUUACGUACUUGCAGGUGACUCUACUGUCAACUCAGGGCUUUACAGUUGCGGUGCUGUACUGCUUCCUCAAUGGAGAGGUCCGGAGCACCAUACGGCACCACCUCAGUCGCUGGAGGACAACACGCUCUCUGAAAGCCGACCGUGCUCGCCAGGGUCUUAGCUACCGCGUGGGCUGUCGCCAAGCACAACAGUUACAACCGCCCGAGGCAACACGACUCUACAAGGGGCGAGCCCCACGGGCAAGCUGCGUCAGUUUUGCAUCAACCACAUCUACGGUAGGGAUACAACCCGUUGGGGGGCUCUUCACAUCGCCACAUCGCUUCAUAAAUGGCUCUUCGUACAGCCCAGCCAAGGACGACGUGGUAUAGGCUUGGACGUUGGGGUGUUUAAUAUUCAUAUUCAAGCGUUCAACACUCCUUGAAGCCUCCGGCGUCUUCUAAGGAGGCGGCAACAGUUUGGGCGUAAAAUGUGAAACAUGGCAGAUGAACUGUGAGGAGCCAGUUCUACGUCACUUGAAACUGCGCAUCGUAGGAAUCGUGGUACGGACACGAAGAAACUGUGCAGCACAGUUCAAGAGCAAUGCUUACAAUGAUGCGUUUCUUCAUCAGUUUGAGUAUUGCACUUUUUGGCAGUGCAAUGCACCACUCUUACCAGGUCAGUGACGUGCAGGUCGGGAUUAGAGAUAUUGUGCUUCCGCGGCGGUGCUUAUCAAGAGAACAUUAUUACUUAUAUACUUCGAGUGUUCCUGCAGCUGACUGAAAAUGCACAUCCGUUGUGUCCUUUGGCUACGCAUCCAACAACAGUGUAAGAAACAAAGCAUACAUGUAAAGAUAAAGGAAUUUAGUCUCGGCAAAGUGAUCCAAAGUAUCAGGCAUAAUAUGCAACUAUACAGCACAAACGUGUGUUCUUGAAUACAGGAGCAGUGCGUCCACAGAUUGUGUACUAAGCAUAGGUGGAAGCUACAUCAGCUUACUGGUCCCAUGUGGUCUUGUUUCUUGUUCUUUUUCAUGAGGUUCAUGAUUUUCGAGUAUUGUACUCUGUAUCAAACAUUAAACGAACACGUGCAAGAUUUCA